AUGGAGAAAAGCUUCCAAGCAGAAAACACCAACAAUGAAGAUGAAGAUAAAGCAGCCGAAGAUGUUGUAGUGAUACCUACAUCCACAUGUGAAGAAGCAGACUUCUGGGAAUCUUUAGAGAAGGACGGCAAAAUACAGUCCAAUGAGCAGCUGGAAUCAGAGAGGAUAAACCAAGUACAAACACAAAGCGACGAAGAUGUUUCGAUUUCCUGCUUUAUGGACACAUGCAAACCUUCCAUAUCGAGCCUUUCUUCCUCAAACAGUGCAUGUUCAUCAUCGUCGUUUUCAGUGAUGUGUCUCACACCACCUUUACCCGCCUCUGUUGAGCUCUCAGCAGUGUUGACUGAUACCAGGCUCACCUUGGAUGUCUACCAGGGAGGAGCAUCUGUACUGCCACUGCUUUGGAGUUCUAUUCCAGGACAGCUCAGGAGGCUCCAGUACCUGAGACUUGGUUCUGAGGAUAAACACGCACUUGAUGGUGCACUAGUUGUUCUCCCACAUUUGACAGAGCUACGCUCCCUUGCCAUUCGAGGGCACCGUUUUUACGACACUCAAGGAAACUCCUUGCCUGGGUUUCUCACCACUCUGCCCACAUCCCUUGUCUCCCUCUCUCUUCUGGCGCAUCUGGAUCUCUCCUUCAACCACCUCUCCGUCCUUCCAUUGUGUCUCCUCAGUUUACCUGCGUUGUCUUCCUUGCUUCUCUGUCACAACCACCUCUCAGAGCUCUCCCCGGAUAUAGGCCAGUUGUCCAGCCUCACCUAUCUCUCACUCAGUGGAAACAAGCUGGUUGCCCUCCCUUCGAGCUUUGGGCAGCUAAAAGAACUGCAGACACUGGAUGUUUCCAAUAACCUCCUCGAGGACCUGCCAAAUGAAAUUGGGUUUUUGGGAGAGCUUGUUAAACUGGAACUGUGCCACAACAAGCUGAAGAGGCUACCAGAGACCAUGGGUUUGCUCCAUUCCCUGAGGGAGCUUCUCAUCUUCAGCAAUGAUCUCCGCUUCAUCCCACCUAAUCUGAAGCAACUGCCUCUGCUGAAAAUCGAUGUUCGUGACAAUCCUUUGGGGCAACCGCUAACUCCUCUCCCUCUUCCCCCAGCACCUGAUGAAGCAGUCCCAAAUAUUCCUGAGUUGCAUCUCCUAUUCAAUCAACAUAAUUUUAGUGUUACGUCUGCUGGGUGUCAUGUGUUUCUCCCAGGGGGGAUGCAGCUGCUGUUUCCCCCGGGGUGCCUAAAGACACCGACGACUAUCGAGUGGGGCGAGAGGAGACCAAAGCGAAAGUGGGUGUUGCUCGAGGAGCAUGACAUUCUCCUCCGACGUCCACUGGAACUUCGACCUCAUGGAAUUACAUUUUAUAAGCCAGUAGAGGUGUGCAUAGGACAUCACCGUAAAAAAUGGAAGGAGGUUGUUAUACGGAAGUAUGAUGGGAACUCGUGGAGCACUUUACCCACUUCUCUCCGGAAAGGAAAUGAGAGAGACAGCAUUCACUCCCUUGGGCGUCCAGUCAGGCUGGCCUGCUGUUCCGUGAACCAGUUCUCCUGGUUUAUUGUGGUGGCCCGUCCAGUGAGGGACAGCUGUUCACUUUCACCAGAGGGAGCUCUUUUAGUGUCCAGCGCUGACCCGGGAGUCAAACUUGUCUUCCCUCCAGACUCUACCAAUCAAACCCGCACUAUAACUUUACAGGUGCUGCAGGUGUCUGUGCCAGAGGUACAAGCACUGUGCGGGGAUCCAGAGGCAAGUGUCAGUCCUCUUCUCUGCCUCUCACAAACUCCCAGCAUACACUUCCUACAACCAAUCAAAGUUCAGGUCCCAUUGCCACCAGGCGUUACAGGUCACACAGUUGAUGAAUCAUGUUUGUAUCUGCUGCACGGAGACCCCACGGCCCAAACCUGGACAGACAUCACGUCCCAAGUGUCCCUCUAUGUCACCCAUUUGUAUGCAAUUUUCUACAUUACACAUUUUUCCUGGUACUGGCUCUGGUACAAGACUCAAAGCUGUGUUAGUGGUAUGGUGAGAAAGGUGUACCAAAAGCUAAAACAGUUUAAAGUCCAGUUCAUGGCCCUGCAGCGGAAAACGGAUCCUGCGCAAGUCUUGCUGCAGUGUUUGCCAGCUAACAAGGUGGAUGACAGAGUGAAGUCACUAUCUGAACAGUAUGAUGGACCCCAGCCUUCCGACCUUUGUGACCUUCUGGAAGGCGAACAGUUCUUUGCCGGCUUUGAGAGAGGCUUAGAUAUCUGCACAGACAGACCCGACUGUGUUGGGGGAAGACUGUGUUUUGUGUUUUAUUCCAGUCUGAAGAAUCUGAAGGAAGUGUACAUCUCUCCUGCAAAGGGCCUUCAGGGUCCAGUGCGAGGAGAAGUCUCAUUUUAUAGAGGGGGGAUUCCCAGUGGUUUGCCAGAGGAAGUAGUGAGGAAGAGGAAAGGUCAUGAAAGCCAGUGGCUUGCAACUUUACCGCUGAGACUUCCUGCGCUAGAUGCUGAUAACAAGUACAUAAUUGAAGAAUUCCAGCUUCCUCCUCUAAACCUCGGUGAUCCUGAGAGCGGUUACCUGACGGAAGCCAAUCUUCUAUCCAUCUCCCUCCAAAUUGGACAGGAUUGGCGCAUGAUUGGCAUCAAUCUUGGAUUAAGCUACCAUGAGUUAGACCGCAUUCAAUACAAAUACAGGGACAAUCUUGGAGCUCUGGUGCUGGAGAUGCUCUUCCAAUGGGCCCGAGAACAGAAAAGGGUUGGACCUGGGGCGGUGUCACGAUUGACGGCAGCCAUGAUUGAAAGUGGCAGGCAGGAUCUCGCAGAUGAGCUCGAAGACAUAGUCAGUCUGGGAAGGCAAAAGUACACUGAAUCACUGAGGAGAGUUGGCCUGGAGGUGGAGGGGCAGCCCCUCUCUGAAAGCCAGCAGUAG